AUGUGGAACUACCUGAGCCUCUUGCUUCUGAUGGGACCACUACAGGCGUCCUCUGAGAAGCUUUCCUCUCUUUUCCACUGCCCCCAAAUCUGCAUCUGUGAUAAAAGCAAGAGAUCCGUCUUGUGCCAGAACCAGAACCUCACCAGAGUGCCAGCCUCCAUCCCUGAGAUGACUCGGAAACUUGAUCUCCAAGGUAACGGUUUAAAGGUGAUUCCUCCCCGGGUCUUCCAGCCCUUCCCCAACCUGACCCAUCUGGACUUGCAGAACUGUCAGCUGAAGGAGCUGCAGAGAGGGAGCUUCAGAGGCCUGCUGUUCCUGUCCUACCUCAACCUGGCCUCCAACAACAUCUCUGUCCUGCGCAGAGGGGCCCUGGAUGGGCCGCUCCUCCUGAGGCACUUGGUGCUGGAGCACAACCAACUGAAAGAGAUCCAGCCGGGGACCUUCAGGGCGCUGCCCUACCUCAACCUGCUCAACCUGGCUCACAACUCCUUGGACUCGGUGCCCGACUUGGCCUUUCAGGGGCUGGUCAGCGCCUGGUGGCUCCGGCUCUCCCACAAUGCCCUCGACAGCCUGGCGCCGGAGUCCCUGGCGGGCCUGCAUCGCCUCCGCCGGCUCAGCCUGGACCACAACGAGCUGCGGGUCCUUCCCUGGGACGCCCUGGCGCACUUGCGCGGCCUGGCCCACCUGGAUCUGGGCCACAACCCCCUCGGCCGCCUGGGAAGGGAAGAAGGGCUGGCGCUGCCGGAGCUGCGCUACCUGGCCCUCGACGGGGCUUCUCUCCAGACCGUGGACGCGGAAGCUUUCUCCCGCUGCCCGCGGCUCUACACCGUGGACCUCCGGGACAACCAGCUGAGGACGCUGCCGUCGUUGCGGGGUCUGGGCCGGCUCCAUAAGCUCAAUCUGAGCGGGAACCCGCUGCGCUGCGAUUGCGCCGCCCGCCCCCUGCGCGACUGGGCCGUCCGGAACUGGGUCAUGAUGGACGCUCGCUGCAAGGAGCCCGCGCUCCUGAGAGGAGAAGCUCUGGGGUCCCUGGGGGAGCGGGACUUGCUCUGUCGGAGACCCGGCGGUGGGCGAGAGCAGCAGGAGCCCGGGGGAGCGCCUGAGGAUGCCGAGCCUUGCCCCCUGCCUUGCACCUGCUCUUCCCUUUCCAACCACAGCAGCUGUGAGAACAGGAACUUAAAGUUCAUCCCCUCCGGCUUCCCCAGUGGCACUCGGCUCCUGGAUCUGAACUGGAACAAGUUCACCUCCGUGCCUCGACGCUCCUUCCGGGGGCUGGGCCGCCUGGUGUCCCUGCACCUGCAGCACGGCCGGAUCACCCAGCUGGCACCGGGGGCCUUGGGCGGCUUGGGCCAACUGGCCUACCUCUACCUCUCCGACAACGAACUCUCGGAGCUCAGUGCCGCCGCCCUGCAGGGCGUCCCCGGGCUGCGUUUCUUGUACUUGGACCGCAACCGCUUCACACACGUGCCCAGGGACGUGCUGUGGGCUCUGCCCAUGCUGGUGAGCCUUCACCUGGAGUACAACGCUCUCCAGCAUCUGGCCCUCAGAGAUCUGGCCGGCGGACCCAACCUUCGCUGGCUCCAUCUGACCGGGAACAACGUCUCUCGGGUCUCCUCCGGGCCAGUUCAGAACCUAGAGGGACUUUACAUGGCUGGCAAUCAGUUGCAGGCCGUGCCAACCGGAGCUUUAGAGGGGCUGCCUGCCCUCAGGGAGCUGGAGCUGUCCGGCAAUCCCCUGGGGGUCCUGGGAGAGAGGGCCUUCCUUCCUGUGGCUAAAUCCUUACAGCAUCUCUAUCUCAAUAAUACGGGGCUCCGGCAGAUUUCUCCUGGAGCAUUUGCUGGCCUGGAGCCUGGGCUCAGGAGCCUGUACCUGGAGAAGAAUCAGCUGCAGACACUGCCAGCCAUGGAUGGCUUUAGCCAACUGGAGGUCAUCAGUCUCGGGGAGAAUCCUUUACACUGUGAUUGCCAAUUGUUCCCAUUCCACAGGUGGCUAGCUGGCCAGAACCUGCCUGGGGAGGCCACCUGCGAGUCCCCACCCAGUGCCCAGGGCCAGAAGGUGAAGGAGGCCGCUGCCAUCUUUGAGACAUGUGAGGAGGGAAAGGAUCCACAGAACCCAUCAACCUCCCAGCCCUGACAUUCCCUGUUCUAAGCUCCCUUCCAGCCCUGAAAUCCCUUGUUCUAAGCUCCCUCCCAGCCCUGACAUCUCCUGUUCUAAGCUCCCUCCCAGCUCUGUUAGCGUGAAGCUAACAAAACUCAUGGGCAAAGGAGUCCGCUCCAGUCUAGUGGGAAGCCCUAAGGUCUCUGGAAGUGGCAGGUAGCGGUCAUUUAUCCUUGGGAAUCAAAGCUGGGGAAUGGGAGAGGAGAGAGAAUGGGAGGAAAAGCCGUGAUCUUCAUUUGUUUAGGAGGGGAUGGUUCUUGUCCUUUGACCUUUGGUAAAUAAAGCCUGUGUCCCUGUA